UCCAGACAGCGAAUCACAUGAGCAGGGAUCUGUUUACAAACUGAACUGAGCAGGAGAGAAGUCAUCGGCACCAUUAUGUGGAGGCAGGGCUGGUGGAUAAGGCAACAGGAAACACACAUGAAGCUCAUCACUUUGUCUGGAGGACACAUUUUAUAUCCUUAGAAUUUUAAAAGCGGACAAGCCAAACCAGAUGGCAUGAGGAAGAGACACAGCCUGCCGCCUCUCCCAGCUUGAACAGGGUGCAUUCACAACAUCUAGCUCUGACGGCUGUUUACCACAGCUCUUCCUCUCCUUUGUUACCGAGGAAAACGUCUGAUUGUAACGUGAGGGCGAUCAUCUUGAGGGAGACAUAGGAAAGCAAGAAGACUAGAGGAAGUGGCUGACGGCAGCAGAGGAAGGGGAUGCCUGUGUGAUCCAGAUUCCUGACAAGUUCUGCAAAAUGACUACAGAUAUCAGCGGUCGUCUUCCACUCAAUGUCUAUGUAAUCAUUCUUGGGAUAGGCCUCUUCAUCUUCAUGUUGAGUAUGAUCUUCUGUUGCUACCUGUUCAGAUUGAGGCGACAGGGCACACAGGAACAAUAUGGCUAUAAUGAGGUUGUUUUAAAAGGUCCAGGGAAAAAGCUGAGCCUUCUUGGACAAACCUGUGCUGUUUGCCUGGAGGAGUUUCGGAGCAGGGAUGAACUCGGGGUUUGCCCCUGUUCACAUGCUUUUCACAAGAAGUAAGAUGAUGAUCAUUCAUCAUCUUGCCACACUGUCCAACAUAUGCAUAAUUCUGUACAUUGUUAUUGCAUUGUGCUGCAGUUUUGUGCAGCAUUACAAUAUGACAAUUUAAAAUAACAACACUUUACUUUCAAAAACAAAUGCAAAGAAUGUUGUGUUCUGGCAAAACAUUGAUGGAGGCACUUCAACAAGAAUUAAAAACACAGAGGAAACUCAAAUUGAGCUGUCAGAGUAAUGGCACUAAACAGGGUAUUUGGUCUUGAAUUACAGCUGUCAGAUUAUUCAUCUCUGACAGACAUUCUGCUGUUUAAGACUGUCAAAAUAAUACAGUCCCACCCCAUUAUGCCUUAAGUUAAGUCUCAUCUUGUGACAGGGUCAUAAUACAGUCGUAGAUGUUACAGUGAUUGAGAUA